GACCGUUUAUUGUUGCCCAAAAUCAAACCCGUCGGCGAUCACAAAAGGGUUACCCGACGUUUCCAAAGAAUUGUACGCGACAUGCCAAUGAUGCCAUCGCCGGUGGAGUGUUGACACCUUACUUUCAAACUCGGCCGCCACUAACGACGUCGUUUUAAGAACCAUUCCUUGCAAUUCCCGCAUUUUUUAAGCCGGGGUCUAGGUUUCAUUUACAUGGAUGGACUAGGGUUUUAGCUUGAGCGGGGGAUGAGGAUGAUGAUUGGCUUCCUUCGCAAAGCCCCUGUGCUCCAGGUGAGGUUUAAUCUCACAGCUUCUCCAACCCCACAAAGCUUGCAUUUUCUUCUCGACCACCUCUACCUAUUCUCAUCUUCUUCUUCCACAUCCAUUUCAACUUCUGAAAAACCACACCCAUUCACUGUGUCUUAUCUCAUAAACUCAUGUGGCCUCUCUCAUAAAGAUGCUCGAUCAGCUUCUAAAUACGUCCACUUUGAAACCCCCGAUAAACCCAAUUCGGUCCUUGCCCUCUUCAACAGCCACGGGUUCUCCAAAACCCAAACCUCGAAAAUCGUCAAAAAGGAACCUCAACUCCUCUUAUCCGAUCCCGACAAAACCCUUCUGCCCAAACUCCAAUUUUUCUACUCCAAAGGCGCUUCCUGGCCUGACAUUGCCAAGAUCGUAGUCUGUUCCCCAUCCAUCUUGAAACGAAGCUUGGAAAAUCAAAUCAUCCCAUCUUUUAAUUUCUUCAAAGAUUUUCUUCAAUCCGACAAGAUGGCAAUUACUGUUGUUAAACGCUUUUCCCGGAUUCUACUAUUUGAUCUUCACACCUAUGUGGCUUCUAAUAUGAAUGCGUUGCAGGAAUUUGGAGUUCCCAAAUCAAAUAUUGCAGGAUUGCUAAUGAAUCAGCCUAUGGCAUUCAUGGUGAGGCCAAAUUUGUUUAGGGAGAAUUUGGAGGAAGUAAAGAAAAUGGGGUCUAAUCCUUCACAAAUGAAGUUUGUUAUAGCAAUCCAAGCAAUAAGAGCGGGGGGGAAAUCUUCCUGGGAAAGGAAGAUUGAUAUAUAUAAGAGGUGGGGUUGGUCUGAGGAAGAGAUUCGGUUAGCCUUUACAAAGUCUCCCUGGUGUAUGAUAUAUUCCGAGGAUAAAAUAAUGGCAACAAUGGAUUUCUUUGUCAAUAAAAUGGGGAGGGAGUCUUCUUCGAUUGCUCGCCGGCCCCAGCUUAUCUCGCCCAGUUUGGAGAAGAGAAUUAUUCCCCGGGAGCAUAAAGAAAUGAAGCUCAAUGAUGUAGCCGAGGAUUGCUUGUUCAACUCCGAGAAUCCCUUCACCAUCUCACUCCGUGUCUCCUACCUUCAUACUUGAAAUGUAAUUUUGUAUGGAAAGAAGCUUUUUGAUGGAGCUUGUUUGUCGAAAUUAAUUUCCCUGUAUGACUGCCCAUUUGGGUGUUUGCAAGAAACGGUAACAUAGGUGAGUCUUGUUUUUGGCAGACAAUUCAAAUAAAAAGCUCUUGAUCAA